GCCUGCCCGGGCUCCUGCAGCUGGUCUUUCCAGCAACCUGGGGCUUUGGCUGCAUUACCGCCGAGCUCCUGGCAGGGCUUGUCCGGGGAUGCCGCUCGGCCGCUUUCCACGAGGAACUUAACCCGCCGUGCCUACCUCCCGGAUGGGACCGCCGGAAUGCUCUAAAGUCUACAGUGAAUAUUGAAUUGCUGAGGAAUUUGGGAAAAGACAAGCUGAAGUUCCCAUUCCAUGGAUCCCUUGGGUGCACCUUCCCAAUUUGUGGAUGUGGAUACACUACCAAGCUGGGGCAAUUCUUGUGAAGAACAAUUAACUACUUCUGAUACUGCAGCUGAAACAUAUCAGGAAGAGACUAUUAGAUCACCUUUUCUUUACAAUAAGGAUAUCAAUGGAAAAGUGGUUCUCUGGAAAGGAGAUGUGGCAUUACUGAACUGUACAGCUAUUGUGAAUACCAGCAAUGAAAGUCUUACUGAUAAGAAUCCUGUGUCAGAAAGUAUCUUCAUGCUUGCAGGGCCUGAUUUGAAGGAGGACCUCCUGAAACUUAGAGGUUGCCGGACAGGUGAAGCAAAAUUGACAAAAGGAUUUAAUCUAGCUGCCCGGUUCAUCAUUCACACAGUGGGACCUAAGUACAAGAGCCGCUAUCGCACAGCCGCUGAGAGUUCCCUAUACAGCUGCUACAGAAACGUACUUCAGCUGGCAAAAGAGCAGUCCAUGUCUUCUGUUGGAUUCUGUGUCAUCAAUUCUGCAAAACGAGGUUACCCUUUAGAGGAUGCAACACACAUAGCACUUCGCACGGUAAGGAGAUUCCUCGAAAUUCACGGAGAGACUAUUGAAAAAGUAGUAUUUGCUGUCUCUGAACUUGAAGAGGCUACUUACCAAAAGCUGCUACCUCUGUACUUCCCAAGGUCAUUAAAGGAGGAGAGUUGCUCAUUGCCAUACCUACCUGCAGAUAUUGGAAAUGCAGAAGGGGAGCCUGUGGUACCCGAACGGCAGAUAAGAAUAAGUGAAAAACCUGGCGCCCCGGAGGACAACCAAGAAGAGGAGGAUGAAGGCUUGGGAGUUGAUCUCUCUUUCAUUGGCUCUCAUGCUUUUGCUCGAAUGGAAGGCGAUAUUGAUAAGCAAAGAAGACUGAUCCUUCAAGGACAGUUAUCAGAGGCAGCCCUGCAGAAGCAGCAUCAAAGAAAUUAUAAUCGCUGGUUGUGUCAAGCAAGAUCUGAGGAUCUAUCUGAUAUUGCUUCUCUAAAAGCCUUAUACCAAACAGGUGUUGAUAACUGUGGUCGCACAGUAAUGGUGGUAGUUGGAAGAAACAUUCCUGUAACGUUAAUAGAUAUGGACAAGGCUCUCUUAUAUUUUAUCCAUGUAAUGGAUCACAUUGCUGUGAAGGAAUACGUAUUAGUGUAUUUUCACACACUGACCAGUGAAUACAAUCACCUGGACUCUGACUUCCUGAAGAAACUCUACGAUGUUGUUGAUGUCAAGUACAAGAGGAAUUUGAAGGCUGUUUAUUUUGUUCAUCCAACAUUUCGUUCAAAGGUAUCAACAUGGUUUUUUACCACCUUUUCUGUCUCAGGACUGAAGGACAAAAUCCACCAUGUGGACAGCCUCCACCAGCUGUUUUCUGCCAUCUCGCCAGAACAGAUCGACUUUCCUCCUUUUGUCCUUGAAUAUGAUGCCAGGCAACCACCUCCCUCUGAUCCCGUAGUUGCCUCAGCAGAUUUGCUGUGCAUGCAUCUUACGAAAAUGUUUCCUACAAAAUAGUAAUGAAAUACUAGCAGCUGUCACCUACAGGAUACCAGGCAUUGUAAAUAUAUUAUCUCUCAUCCUUACAGUAACCUUGCAAGGUAGGUAUUUCCCCCACUUUACAGGGAGGGAAAAGAUUCUUGAAGUAAAGAAACAAGCCAUAGGUAAUAUCAGGUAAUAGGUUUUGGAAGGGCAGAGAAGAUUGGGUAACUCUACCAUUACAAAGUUUCUUAAACUCUUGGGCUAUCUAUUAGUGGUAUUGGUCUGGUAUAUAGAAGAAUAGGCUUCUCUUCAAAUCACAUCUCAGCCAUUUACUUGCUCUGUGACCUUGGACUCAUUUCCCAACCUCUUUGAAUUUCAGUUCUUUCAUAUGUAAAGAGUACUUACCUCUUAGAGUCGUUUUGAGGAUCAAAUGACUUAAUAGUUCUAAAAUUCUCAUAAAUAUUAGCUGUUGUCUUAUUUAAAUAUUCUAAUUGCUAUGAUCAAGUUGUCUCACUUUGCAGACUUAUCACAUGCACUUGGCGCCUUAAUUUUAAGUUGUGUCAUAUUACCAAUUCAGAAGAUGUAUGAUAUAUUUGGUAUGUCUCUCCUUCCAGAGGAAACGACAUUUUAAAUCAGGGGUUGGCAAACAUUUUUGCUAAAGGACCACAUAGUAAAUAUUAUAGGUUUUUCAGGCCAUAUGGUGUCUUGUCACAACUAUUCAGCUGUGCUGCUGUAGUGUGAAAGCAGCCAGAGAUAAUGCUUGAGCAAAUGGGUGUGCCCAUGUUCCAAUAAGACUUUAUUUAUGGAGACUGGAAUUUAAAUUUAAAUAAUUUUCAUGUAUAUUAAAAUACUAUUUCUCUUCAUUUUCAACAGUUUAAAAAUGUAAAAGUCACAUUUAGCUUGAAGGCCAUAUGAAAACAGGCAGUGGGCCUUAGUUUUGCCAACCCCUUCUUAGAUAAUUCAGUGAUUCUUUAAAGCUGAUGAAUCCAGCAAAGUUCACAUUAGGGAAAAGCAAUGUGGAGGAAGAAAAUUAAGAGCCAGUUGAUCUAUCAACUAGCUAGCCCAGAUCAUAGCUAUAUUGAUCACUCCCUGGUCUAACACAAUCAUGCAACCCCUUUGAGCUUAACGUUUUUAUCUAUAAAAAUGAACUAGUAGUAUAUCUCUGACCUAUACCUAUUUCUUCCUGGGGAAGGGAGUUUAAUAAUACUUAUCAUUUAUUGAAUUUAUACCUUUGUGCUAGAUUUUUGAAUCAUUUUAGUUCCAAUCUUCUUAUUAUCCACACUUUACAGAUGAAGAAAUGGAGGCUCAGAGGGAAAUAACCUGUUCAGGGUUACAAUACCAGCGUCUAAACCCAGGUGUCUGACUCUCAUCAACCCUCCAACCCUCUCAAUACAAUACAAACUCCCUGAGAUUAGGGAGCUCAUUGGACUUGCUCUGUGCUAAAUCCUCAGUACCUAGACUAGUACCUGGUAUAUAAUGGGCAUUGUAUAAGUGCUUACUGAAUUAACAAAUGAAUGGGUUUUUCCAUUAUGCCAGUGGUCCUUAAUCUUUUUUAAGAUCAGGGAUACCUUUGGGAGAGAAAUUAAAGUUCUGGACCAUCUCUCCGGAUAAAUUAAAUUUCAGACUUAGAAAACUUGCCUUAGAUAUUUGGCCAACUACUGAAAGAAGAUGCUAUUCACAUACUCUGAAUAAUACUGAUGAUAAUUCUUACCAUAAUUAUGGAAACAGGAUUUGGAGGUGUCUUGUUUCUUUCUGCUCUUGAAAUCAUGAUGUUAAAGGCAUUAAACAAGGCCUAAAAUGUUUCCUUCUCUACAGUUGCUCAUAGCACCCAGGCACACUUUUUAAAACUCUUGAUUUCCUUAAAAAUCACUUUCUCGGGCUUCCCUGGUGGCGCAGUGGUUGAGAGUCCACCUGCCGAUGCAGGGCACACGGGUUCGUGCCCUGGUCUGGGAAGAUCCCACAUGCCGCGGAGCGGCUGGGCCUGUGAGCCAUGGCUGCUGAGCCUGCGCAUCCGGAGACUGUGCUCCGCAAAGGGAGAGGCCACAACAGUGAGAGGCCUGCGUACCGCAGGGAGUCCCCCUGCCAAUGCAGGGGAUGCGGGUUAGGGCCCUGGUCCGGGAAGAUCCCACAUGCCGCAGAGUGGGUAGGCCCGUGUACCACAACUACUGAGCUUGCGUUCUGAAGCCCGCAAGCCACAACUACUGAGCCCGCGAGCCCGUGCACCACAACUAGGGAAGCCCACAUGCCUAGAGCCUGUGCUCUGCAGUGGGAGAGGCCACCGCGGUGAGAAGCCUGUGCGCAGCAAUGAGGAGUGGUCCCCACUCACCGCGGCUGGAGGGGGCCUGCGUCAGCAACAAAGACCCCAUGCAGCCAAGAAUAAAUAAAUAAAUAAAAUAAAGAAAUAGAAAAAAAAAUAGAACGUAAUGCUGUGAAUCAAAAAAAAAAAAGACUUUUAUUGGGUCCAAGUUGCUUCAACAUGAAAAGGGAGAAGCCAAAGCCUAUUAAGACUAACAUGCAAUUUUUUGCCUUCAGAAAUGCAGCUGUGAGGGCAUUAUCUAUUCCUUACUACCCAAAGGCCAACCAAAUCUGAAUCCAGUAUGUAACUCAAAAUAGGUCUGCUGCUGCUUCUUGUCAUUUACUUACAACUUUACUGUCUAUCCCAUGGCCUCCUGUUAAGUCAAUGAGAAGGAGAUAUUAAUGUUCCAACGUUAUUAAAUUCAGAUGUUACCAAUUUUUAUUCUCUCCUAUAAAGCAUCUGUUCUUUAUAUACCCUUACCAUUUACAUCAGGACCUUGAGAUCAUGACUCACUCCACGUAAAUAGUAAGAUUAAGGAUAUUUUGUUUUCACAGAAUGUUGUAAAAACAAAAUCUGGGGCUUCCCUGGUGGUGCAGUGAUGAAGAAUCCGCCUGCCAAUGCAGGGGACAUGGGUUCAAGCCCUGGUCCAGGAAGAUCCCACAUGCCAUGGAGCAGCUGGGCCCGUGGGCCACAACUACUGAGCCUGUGCUCUAGAGCCCGUGCUCUACAGCAAGAGAAGCCACCUCAAUGAGAAGCCCAUGCACUGCAACAAAGGGUAGCCCCCACUUGCCGCAACUAUAGAAAGCCUGCGUGCAGCAACAAAGACCCAA